AUGGACAGCCUAGUUUUGAGCGACGCUCAAAAGGCACGCCUACAAAAGGUGGCCAACGGCAUGCUACAGAUAUACAAAACUUUGGCUCGCAUGCGAUACCUUGACCCGCUCUGGAUUGUGGAAGGGCCUCAUGGCAUUGCAGACGACAUUGACGAUUAUCGAUCUUUUGACUUGGAGGAUAGUGUGAUAUAUCUGUACUCGAUUCUUCCGUAUCUGCAUCCCGACUUUGUUGGCGAAAUUGAUUUUUAUGCAGGAGGAGAAUUCAUCGACUUUCGCAAUACCUCUUGUCUUGGCCAGAGUCGAGAGCCUUUGGACGAUGAGGAUGAGAAUUCAUGCAGUGGAAGCGACGGCGAGAGCGGCAACCAAGGCAUCAGCAAUGAAAGCGAGCAGGACGAGGAUGAGUACGAGGAUGACGAAGAUGACGAGGACGACCAAGAUGACGACGAGGACGAGGACGACGAGUCUCCCUAUAGUGAGGACAACAGCCGGCCAGCUACUGCCGUUCUCCGAGACAUUAACCAAUGGUUUCUUGAGCUCAAAGCACUGCCAGGAGGCGGUGAGUACUCGUCGACUCUGUGGGACAAGACUGUUACCCGCCCACUGUACGAGAAGCACGGCUGGCCUACCGAUGGGUUUGAUGGAGACGCAUUUCUCGUCGACCUUGUUCGCCACGAUGCGAGAGAGACGAGCGCAGAUGAUGCAGCUGGUCCAACAAAAAGACUCCACCAGCAGCAGCACACUGCCAAGCGGUACGCGGACCCAGACUGGGCGUACUGGGAAGGCCGAAUCGACGAGGAAACUGAUAUUGAGGGGAAGUGGCUAGCACGAUAUCACCUAUUCAAGAAGCGCCGAGCACAGAGUAUUACGACGCGGCGCAUCGCGUUUGGCCUAGCCAAGGGCUAUGACAAACUCGAGCCUAGCGAGGCGGAGCGCUUGGAUGGCGAGGUGGAUAAGCUGAUGUACCUACUCUGGGGGGAAAAGAGCAAACUCAUAAGCGUCCAUUCCUCAAUACUUAAAUGUAGACAGGAGGGUCCCGAGAUGCGAGCCGCUAGGCUGCGCCAAAAACAGGUCAACCGUAACAUCAGAAUAUAUACGCGAGCUCACACGGAGGCCGAAGCGGCCCUGGAAGAAUUAGGCAAAGUCACUGCAACUUGUGGCAACGGCGACGGGGCCAAUUCUCGCACCAGGGACGAGGCAGCGGCGGAAACAGCGAAGAAGGACAAGGAAGAUGAGCGUCAGAUGGAAAGGGAAAACGCCGAAGAGUCCAUCGCUGCCGCCAAGGCCUUUCUGGAGACUAUUCCACCCGGGAUUAAGCAUGCUCGGGAAGGAGCUGAGGGGUUCAUCAAGUCAUGGGAACAUAUGCUAUGGGAUAGAAUAGAAUAG